UAUAAACGCCCCUUGUGGCUUAUUGCCAGCCCAGCUGCUCAAUCAGGAGACAGCAUUGCUGGUGGCACCGCCCACUGACAUCACAGGACCUGCCUCUGCUUCUGAAUAUUCCCUUUGCCAGAAUAGCGGGUUUUCCAGACAAAAUGGGCAACUAAUUUAAAGACCAGGCGGGUUUUGAAAGUACAAACUAGCCAAGGGUUCAGAAAGUGCAGGCAGAAGGGAUUGUUAUUGAGACUGGUGGGAUACAUUAAGAUUGUGGAACUAGACCUCUCGUAAAACUCUACCUUCGCGGAACUCGCACUCUUGGAGGGAUAAAUACUGUGCCAGGAGCCUGGCCCUGGACAGUGAGUAUUCAGUACAAAAAAGGUAGCGAGUAUGUGCAUUUCUGUGGCGGGUCCAUCUUGAACGAGAAAUGGAUACUAACGGCGGCGAGCUGCUUCGUCAAUUUGACAACCGAUUUCAAGACUCUGAAAGUAUUUAUUGGAGUGCACCAGCUUACUCGAUUCGGUGCACAUGUCCAGAAUGGAACAGUUGAAGAAGUGAUCGUCCAUGAAAAGUUUUCGUCCGUAAAAAGCCAGUCGUAUGAUAUUGCUCUGAUUAAGCUGAAAGAGAGCUUCCACUUUAAUGACUACGCCCAGCCGGCCUGUCUACCCGCUCAAUCAGUUAAAGUAGAGGAUAUGAUGUUCUGCAAUGUAGCUGGGUGGAAAGCUUUGGACGGGUCAGAAUCUGCAACUAUCCAGCUUCAGUCUGACACGGAUUUUGUGCCUACGGAUGUUUGCAACGGCAAAUUACAUUAUAAGGGCAAACUCCCAAAGAACACCCUGUGCGCCAGAGAUAUUAGCGUUGACACCUGCAUUGGUGAUUUAGGAGGGCCUCUUAUAUGCCAGAGAAAGUUAUCUUAUUCGUAUAUAGUGGUUGGAGUAAAAAGCUGGACAAACGGCUGUCCCACCAGGGCACAUCCUCGGGUUUUCACUGCCACCCAAGCAUUCACUGAAUGGAUCGAUAGGAAGAUAUACGGGAGCAAAAGUAAAUAUGCGAUUGCCGAUGCUUUAGGGAAAAAGAAUAGGACUAAGAGGUCUUUACUAGCACGGAUCCUUCUGUCUGAGUUACCAACAGCACCGGGUCGAGUUACCCCGUGCCCGUCAGAAGCAACUCCGUUUAGACAAACAAAAUCACUGAAGUUGUACCUGGCUAAUUUGCGGAAGCCUAAAGCAGCCACUCAAGUACUCAGCAGUACUUCAACUGGAACUCCUCUAAAUGAGCAACUUCCUUUGGAUACAAACCCAGCUCAGGAUGCCCAAGUUACACCAGAACCUAAGCGUGUGGACCUGCUCCAAUCUAUAGGGACCAGUUUGAUGAAGAUACACAGAGGGAUCAAUGAGUAUAUACGCGGAUUCUCUAAUGGGCAUGAAGCAGACUUCAGCUAAGGUGGCAGUCUAAAACUGGACGUAUUGAUUGCCCUGAUCUUCAGGAAUAAUGAUAAAGAUCUACUGUGCUCUCAGGGAAACCACUGUGCUGGGAGGGUAGGGUGGUUUGACCACAGUGGCCUGAGAGCAGUAAUGGUCCACACUGUUGUUUGCUUAUCCAUUUUCACUUUGAUAAUUGUUUAAAUAAAGUUUAAUCUCUCGUGUGUUUGUAAAUGUGUAACUUUGAUCUCACGUGAUGUAUUGAAGUCACUAAAAAAUGAA